CUGGCAGAGCUCUGCUCGCUGCCCAAGGCGGUGGGACAGUGCCGGGCCUCGAUGCCGCGGUGGUGGUUCAACAUCACUGGUGGUUUGUGCCAAAGCUUCGUCUUCGGCGGCUGCAAGGGGAACGCCAACAACUUCCUGACGGAGCGGGAGUGUCAGGAGAGCUGCGUCCUCGGAGGGGUUCCGAAGAAACCCGAGCAUCGCGCCGAGCAGACCAAAGCCGACUCCACCUACGACGCAUACUGCACCGUCCCCCGGGUGACCGGCCCGUGCCGUGCCUCCUUCCUGCGCUGGUACUACAGCCCAGCAAACCGAACCUGCCGGCAAUUCAUCUACGGCGGCUGCCGGGGAAAUAAGAACAACUACCAGCACGAAGAGGAAUGCUUGAAACGCUGCAGCCCCAAGCCAGAAGAUACCGGUGGCACCGGUGCUGAUUUCCGCAGCGAUUUUCUCUCUACCAAAGUGCUGGCACUGGGGGUGCUCCUGGCCAUCCUGGCAGCCAUUUUGCUGGGUUAUGUGACGGACGUCGCCCUCAAGACGUGCCGGAGAAAACCGGAGCUGCCGGGGGUGGGAACGGGAUGGAGCCCCAGCGAUGACAAGGAAUAUCUGAUGAGCAACGCCUACACCCUCUGAGAAGUGGGGGUGCAUCCCUUCUUUGUGGACCCCCCCCCAAAAGGGGGGGCCUGCCCCCCCCCCCCCCCCCCAUAAUGACUUCUCUGGUGCAUUUUGGGCACCUCACUUGUUCUUUGUAAUUAUUUUUCCUCUUUUUUUCGGGACUGUUUUUUUAAAAUUCUUUUGUAGAAAAAC